CGCGUUGGAAGUGCAGCUGAAGUGGCUAAGUGAGGCAGACUGUAUUUUUGCGUUCCGUAAUCAAGGAACAUUAAGCCGCGUGUUGUGUAAUAAUUGGUGAAAAGUGACACCGAAGACCACGUAGUGAUGGGAAAUAAUGAAACCACCGCCGAGUUGUGCGUAAUCUGAUGAUGAUUCAAUUGAAUUCGUGUCGUCGCUAAGUGGUGUGAUUACACUGAGUGUAGAGCUAGGAAUAGCAAAUUGAGCUCAGAGUCUCUCAAAAUCCCCAGAAACAGUUUUUUUUGCCCAGCCAGAGGCCCAUAAGUGAAGCUGCUUCUAAAUUACUUCUGACAUCAUAUUGUGACUCACCCGUAUUCUGCGAGUGAUCCAUUUCCCCGGAUGAUGGAGUAAAAUGAGUAAGAUGGAAGGAGGAGGCGUGAGAAAGCCUCAACAAAGGUCGCCAGUUUUGGGAAGAGGUAAACGAACGGUAUUUUGAGGCGGUUUCGCACUAUUUUUGGCGCGGAAAUGAAGCGAGGAUGAGCCUAUGUUGGUAGCCGUCGGAAUGACGCUCAGACUCUGGAAUAUGAAAGAAAACUCUUCUUGGUUUGUUAGGUAUAUCAAUGGUGACACGAAAAUGAGUUGGUUGUGAAGAUACAAAUAGACGAAUAUCUUGAAUCUGUUAUAUAGAGAUCAAGACACGAUCAACUUUGCGAAGAGAGAGAGAGAGAGAGAGUUGAUAAGCGUGACAGAAAGUGAUUUGAAUGAAAUGUCGAUGUUUCGAAGUCAUGUCAAUUUGAUUGAAAAGUGGUAUUGAUUACCUCUGUAACUUAUGUGAAGAUUAAUAACCCAAGAUAUAAUACAGGAGUCUAUGGAAGGUGUUUGUUAGCCUGAUAAAGAAAAAAAACGUGAAAAAGAAAAGAUUGUUUACUAAUGCUCAAAAUAUACGAAAAAAAGUUUUAUUGCUUGAAAGGAACAGAAAGAGUUGAUGGAUUCUCGUGAAAAUAAAAGAGAAUAAGAGUAAACUUCAGUUGAAGGCCGCGUUCGAGUUUUGGUACCCAUUGCAUUCCAUCAUGAAAAGGACCAUUACUGGGACUGGAAUGCUAGUUCGGCCUCCAGUAGACCUUGGAAGUAUGGAUUCUGGCGGCAUGUGGCAGCUGUUUUGAGGGAAAGGCGCCUUGUCAUAGUGGAAAGAUUCCCUUGGUCCACCUGUGGACCCCAGUGACCGAAUUUUCGCCAAUCCUCGCCAUCCGCAUCCGUCCCGACCUCCUCCUCCUCCGACUCCGUCCAGGAUGAGGAUGGAGGGAAACGACGACAUCCUCUCGAUGGCUCAGAGGCGUCAGGCAGGACGCCGAACAGGACGCCCUCCGUUCCCCGGGGAUCAUGUCCUCAGGAUCGACAACUUCACCUCCGGUCCCACGACGCCGAUCCAGGUCCCCCCGUCUCCUAUGAGAUACGAACCCAAAGGCUUCCUGGCGGAGGUGGCGGGGGAGCGCCGUCGGGAAGCGAAGGUGUCCGUGCCGAUGUUCCUGGAGGAGGUAGCAUAUAGCCGAAACUCUCUACCCCCUCUUGUUGCUGUCGAAGUAAGGCCGAACACCAGUGCAUAUCCUGUUCAAGGAACAGAAGUUGCAGCCUUAAUUCACACUGCUUCUCACAUCUCUCUGAUGUCAUCGAAUCUAGUACAGGAGCUUGGAGUACGACAAGAUGUCAUUCCAGAUAAUUCUAUGCCACCUUCCCCACUGUCAGGUAGUUCUGGUUCAUCCUGGUUAGUGGAAGGAAAACUUCGAUAUGUAGAAUUAUCGUUUAAUGGCUCAAAACACGUCACUCAGUUGUACAUAGCUCGAGACUUGCCAGCUGAUUUAGUUCUUGGCGUUGAUUUCUUGAAGAAGGCCCAGAUAAGAGUCAACUUUCCAGAAAAUAACAUCACCCUCAAUAAUGGAACUCAAGAAACUAAGGUUUUUUUUCUCAGCAAUAAGGAGAUGAAUCAGCACAAUCAACGUCGUGCCUCCAACAAUGCAACAAACAUUGUUAAUAAAACAAGAGCUUAUUCAUCUAAUUAUUGACUGAAUUGAGUACCUGCCAUAAUCACCACUGAGUGCCUUUUGACAUUCCAAUGGCCAAAUUAGCAGGAUCACUCUCUACAUAAUAACCCCUAUUACAACUGCCAUAAUAGGAAUUUUUACCCAUAGCUUUCUAAGUAAAAAGUAAAAUUAGUAUCAAUAAUGUUAAAACAUUUUAUCAAAAUGAAUUUUUCUAUACUUAAAUAAAUUUCUCUUAUUCUUAGAAUAUGUAUAUUUUUAUUCAAUUUAAGAAAAGUACUUCAAAACAAAAUGUAGAAAAUAAACCAUAACUUGAACAUUUAAGUGUAAGCACCUGUGAUAUUUUUGUAAAGUAAUUGUAAAUGUAUGUAAAUAAUAUAUAUACAUGUGUGUAUUUUAAGUGUUACAAUUUAUCUUUAGCUUGCCAUUUUCAUAGCAUAAGAGAUUGGUUUUUAGCUGUAAAUAAAAUUACU